GCUGAAAUGACGCUAACGACGGCAGUAGGUAUGUGUUCGCUCGUGCUGUCGUUUCAUAACGCCGCGAAUCAGCCGUGCGUUUAAACCCCUCGCGCCCAGCACCGCCCGUCACGCAUGGAGUAUCGCGCGGACCCGGUCAUAGCGAGUCUGGAGAUGUCAGAGGUGAAAAGCGACGGCGGAUCGGCGGAAGGCGACGAUGAUUACGAGAGUUUACCCGCGCACGCGUCCUUGUACACGCACAUGACAGCGGGCGCAGUGGCCGGGGUCCUGGAGCACACAGUCAUGUACCCCGUGGAUUCAGUCAAGACCCGAAUGCAGAGUUUGCAGCCAGACCCAAAGGCUCAAUACAGGAGCGUGUACGGUGCACUGAAGAGGAUUGUGCAGACAGAGGGCCUCCUUCGGCCAUUUAGGGGACUCAAUAUCACUGUGCUGGGAGCCGGCCCCGCCCACGCUCUCUAUUUUGCAUGUUAUGAGCAAAUCAAACUCUCCCUUAGUGAUGUCAUACAAAACGGAGGCAACAGUCACAUCGCUAAUGGAGUGGCAGGAAGUGUUGCCACCGUCCUCCAUGAUGCGGUCAUGAACCCAGCAGAAGUGGUAAAGCAGAGGAUGCAGAUGUAUAACUCUCCAUACCGCAGCCUAUAUGAUUGUGUCGUGACCAUCAGUCGUACAGAAGGACUGGCCGCCUUUUACCGCAGCUACAGCACUCAGCUGACCAUGAACAUCCCUUUCCAGGCCGUGCACUUCAUGACCUAUGAGUUCAUGCAGGAACAUUUAAACCCCCAACGUCAGUACCGCCCCGAAACGCACAUCUUGUCCGGUGCGGCGGCGGGGGCCGUGUCCGCUGCCGUGACCACUCCGUUAGACGUCUGCAAGACUCUGCUAAACACGCAGGAGAACGUUGCGCUCAGUUCGGCACACGUCAGCGGACAACUCUCGGGCAUGGUCAACACCUUCAGGACAGUUUAUCGUCUGGGAGGCUUUCCGGCGUUCUUUAAAGGCGCCCGAGCGCGAGUGAUUUAUCAAAUGCCUUCCACGGCCAUCGCCUGGUCCGUGUACGAGUUCUUUAAGUAUUUUCUCACUCGACACGAACAAACGAACAUCCAGGAACUGCAUAGGAACUCUAUGAAGACCGGCACUACAUGAAGCCUGUCGUGGGUAAAUCACUUAUAAAGGUCCAACCGAUCCAAAGAUUUGGGUAAAUUAAUAUUCGGAUGUGGAAGAGACGGGAAUGCAUUCACUAAUUUCGACACUCCAGCCGCUAUAGCCUCUUAUAAUGUUUUGUAACAUACUAAUUUAUUGAAAAAGUUUAUUGUUGUUACUGGAUUACAUGGGGAUGUUUGGACAUUACACACUACAAUACAUGACAUUUCUGGUGAAAACUUGAUGGAAAGAGAGGAUUACACUCACGUCCUGUUUAAAUCCAUAGUGGUGCAUGCAUACAUAUUCAUAUAGAUAUAUGUAUAUGUAUGUGUGCUGUUAAAGACAUUUCGGAGUUCGCAAUAAACAGGCCAAAUGUUUUUUUAAUGCCUUAUCUGAUAUAAAGGCUGACUGGAUUUUAAACCCUGCAAUUUGGUCCCGUUUUAAAAUGAAUGCACUGAUGAUUUUAAACCCUGAAGUGUCUUAUACUUUUUAAAUCCUGUUAAAUUUUUCCACAUUAAAAAUUAAGUCCGCAUAGUUGCCAAGUUUUAUAACUGAGGCGGUGAAGGAUGCAGGUAUGGGUUGUGAGUAUCUUUUAUUGGCGUAUAAAUAUGGCAUAUGGUGUGACUGGCGUCUGUGGAUUACCGUUCAGUAAAUGUGCAGAUUGUUACGUGUGACUUUAGAUGUUCAUACAUUCAUUCCCCCCCAAAAUUAUUUUACGCUUUCAGUUUUUACGGCAGACGUUACUAUCCGAAUAUUUGAAUUGCCUGAUUUCACUGUGACAGUGGUACAGAUUUAGUAGGCACACUAAAGCACUUAUCAUUCAUCGGCUGGUGUAUUCGAAAAGUCGUUCACUUUAGCGGUGAGUGGUAGUUUUGUGUGCGAUAGCUUUGAUUUGUUUUAGAAUAGAUGUUACAUAAUAUAUAUCCAAACAAUUCAUAUAUGUAAAUAGCUAUGAUAAGAUGUGAUCUAUGCAGUCGCGUAAGCACACUUAAAUGUGCACUAAAGUUUGGUGGACCCAUUAAAAUCUUUAAAGGAAUAGUUCACUUUAAAAUGAAAAUUCUGUCAUCAUUUACUCAUCCUCUUGUUGUUUUAAACCUGUAUGAAUUUAUUUUUUCUGAUGAACACAAAAAAAGAUGAGAUUUUGAGAAAUGAUGAUUAGCACACAGCAGAUAGUGACCAUUGAGUUCCAUAGUAUGAAAAAAAUAUUAUGUAAGAAUUGUGAUAAAUGAUGGUAAGCACACAGUUAACGGUACCCAUUGAAUUCCAUCAUAUUUUUUAUUCCUACUAUGGAAGUGAAUGAUAUCAAUCGGCUGUGUGUUUAGCAUCAUUUCUCAAAAUAUCUUCUUUUGUGUUCAUCAGAAAAAGAAAUUCAUACAGGUUUAGAACAACACGAGGAUGAGUAAAUGAUUUUUGGGUGUACUAUCCCUUUAACCCACAAUAAAACAAUUUAUUCACAGAGUACAUAAAAGGCUUUACAGUAAUACACAACUGCUGACAGUCCAUUCAUUCCUCUUCUGAGCUGUUUACAAAUACGCAUCUGAAUUUGUUAGUUUCGCCUUAGUGUAAAUCAUAAUUUUAAUUUUUGAUCGAAUCUUAGAUUUUGAUUUAGGAGACGGCUACAUUAACACAAGACUGUGAAAACAAAUGCAAAGCAGUAUGAUCUAUUGUGCCUUAUAAGCUAAACAAAUUUCUGUGAAUUUGAUUUAUAAACUCAUACAUUUUAGACAACUUGGGUAAAAAUCAUUAAAAAAUAGACAAGAUUUAUAUUUGUAUAGUUUAAAGAGAUCACGAAUAAAUUAAAAUUAAUUUGCUCUCACCCCAAUGUUGUGAACUGGUAUGAGUUUAUCGUGUAUUUUGAUUGUAACCACGCAGUUGAUGACACCCAUGGGCUGCCAUAGUAGGAAAAAUACUAUGGGUGCCGUCAACUGUCUGGUACUUACAGAAGAAAGCAACUCAUACAGGUUUAUAACAAUACGGUCAGGGUGAGUAAAUGAUAAAACUAUUUUCAUUUAUCCCUUUAGCUAACCUAUUAAACUUUACUGACACUACACGUUAAACAAAUGCUGUUUGCCAGUAACUUACUGUAGAUUAUGUAAUAUACUGGCAAACAGUUUGUUCAAAGUUAAAUGAACAUUAAAUAUAUUCAUAUUACAGAAUAAAACUAUAAAAUAAAAUAGCAGCCUCAUGCAAAGCCAUAUUCUUUUGGGAACCAAAAUCUGAAGGAAAAAUCUGAAAAAGUUUGAUGAGGAUUUCUGGUUAUUUUAUAGUUUUAUUCUGUAAAGAUAAAGACUUGUUAAUAAAUAACAUGGAUUUAAAUCUACAGUAACUACAGCAACAUUUUUUACAGUGGACUGUGAUGAAUUUGCACUGGAAUACGCACAUGAAAUUUAGAGAGUGCCAGAAUAAAAUUGUAAAUAAUGUAUUUUAUUCACAAAAGUACACAGUUUUGUGGUCUUUUAUUUGUUUUUGAUUUUAGAUUUAUAGCUCUUGGAUAAGAGGUACCCUCUUGUAUGCAGGAGGUCCUGUUAUUGGACCGAUAGAUUAAAAACACACACAAUACAGAAGCUGUUAUGUUUUCUAGCUGAAGUGUCAUAUCUACUGUGUGUCAGCAAAUGCAAUUGCAAAAAUUAACCGUUCAAACUGGUUUCUUCCUGUCCCAAACUCACACUGAUAGGAUGCUUACACAAAAGUUCACCUAAAAACGAAAAACCUGUCAUCGUUUACUCAACCUCAUGCAUGUUGUAAGCCUGUAUGAGUUUAUUAUGUUGAACACAAAAAAUAUCUUUUAAUUUUAAAGUUGACGGUACCCAUAGACUUUCACAGUAUUUUUUUUCCUACUAUGGAAUCAAUGGCUACCGUCAACUCAUCAUUUAUCGAAAUAUCUUCUUUUGUGUUCAACAGAAUAAAGAAACUCAUACAGGUUUAGAUCAACAUACGGUUGACUAAAUGAUGACAGAUUUUUAAUUUAAGGGUGAAUUUUCCCUUUAGUAGCACUGCAGUAUUUACAUUAUUCAACAAAAUUAACAUGUUUGUAUAGUUUCUACCUUCUGCAUAUUAAUCUGGGUCAUGAGAAAGUAUUUUAAUAGAAAACAUAAGUUUUAUUUUUCCAUAUGCUAGCAAAUGUUCACUUAAUUUUAGUAUUGCUUUUUAUCAUAGUUUUGAUUUUCAGUGUUUCUGUGUAAUUGAUGAAUUCGUAAUCUAUGCAGAUUCCCAUCAGACAGGGAUAUUCCAGGCACUGUGUUAGAGAGAGAAAGAGAGUUUCUGCUUUUUUUGUGUGCUGACUGGUUCAGCCGGCAAUGUCUUUCCUGUGUCCUCUCUCAGUUCCUCAUCCCUUGAUGAUUUUCCAGCUCUAAAGUGUUUGACAUUCCCUAAAAUUAUUCCGGAAUCUCUUAAUCAGUGAGGUUCUUAAGUUUGAGCUUGUUUCUUUUUGAUUAAAUGUUUAGUGAUUCAUUUUUUCUUUGCAUUUUCAGUCCUGCUGUUUUACCAACUAGGAACCAAAAAAGAAAAGUAAUAAUGUACAGUUUUUCAAUAGUAACCAACCUUUCAGACCUGCCAGUUGUCAGCUGAUGGGUAAAAAUGCUGUUGGCACUGAAAGUGUUGAAAUUUUUACUAAAGUGUACACUGCUGUGUUUGAAGGUUUAGUUUUAUCAAGGACUAUACAAAGCAGGUUGCUUGUUUAAGCUUUAAUUUGAAUGACCACUGAAAAAUGUCCAUUUCUUUUUGACUUCAUGUUGUGCUAUGGUGGGAACCCUAUGGGUUUACUUUUUCAUGGUCCAGCAUUUUUAAAAGCUCACUACCUGUAAUUGCUCUGCAAAACCAGCUGUUUUUAAAAAUAUAUAUUGUAUUUGAAUCAGUUUUACAGUAAAUAUGAAUGGCCAAAAUUGUUAACAUUAUUGCUUAAAUAAAUUGUUAACAAAUGUAUGUAGAUGUUGCCUUAAAGUGAUCUCUCAAUCCAUGGAGAAACAGGAGAUGUAUCAGACAUUUAACAAAAGAGGUGCAGCGGUGUCACUCCUCUACACAUGAUGAACAACAAAAUGUUUAGGCCGCUUUCUGCGCACAUUGUAGAAGUGAGAGAGUGCCAUCUAGAGUACUUUUUUAUUAUUUCAUUUUUUUACAGUGGUGAAAGAAAAAUUGUAGACAUAACCUUUGAUUUGUGCUGCUACAGUUUGUAACACUGGAGCUGAAAUAAAAUGAACAAUGAUGAAAUAUUUUUUUCUUACUGCUCUCUAAUUAAAUGAAAUUUGUGAUGGUUAUGUACCUGUGUUACCUUAAAUUAGCUGAUUUGAUGAUUGAUUUAACCUCUUAAAAGACCUGUGUCCGCAUAUGUGGACAUCACAUUUUUUUGUUGUAUGGACCAUAAUAUCCCAACCCAAUGGCAAUUCAUACGGAUUUUAGGAGGUGGCUAAAUCUCCGGUUGCACAUGAUUGAAUUAAGUUUUCUUAAAAUAGUUUUUCUUAAAAAAAUGUUGAUCUAUGUAAUUUAAUUAUGUAGACCAGUUCAACAUGAUUGAAUUAAGUUUUCUUAAAAUGAAAUUUAUUUUAACUAAUGUUAAUUUCAUUUUAAGAAAUGUGCAACCGAUGUCCAGAAGUUUUUUUUCAGUAUAUUUCUAUUUGGUACGACCACAUUGAAAAUACCACAUUUUGACCCGUGAUGUUUGGGGCGUGGUUAAGGUUGGGGAUUCAUAAUUUUUUUUUUGUUAUGAUAAUCGUAAGUUUUUGCACGAUUAACUUUGUACGAAUUCAUACAAAAUAUGUUUGAGUUCUCGUAAGAUCAGGCUGGUACAAAAUAAACAAAUUGAAUUUACAUUGCUUUAAUAGCAUUUUAGCUAAAUUUUAAUGAAGCAAAUAUCAUUAAACACAUAGUUUAAGUGGCAUACAACACUAUGAAAUCAUAAUUUUGACUUACAGAAAUUGAAUUUCAUAAAGUGUAUAAAAUUAAACCCUACUUUAUAAGACAAGUCAAUCUGUUCAAUUGUGUUUUUAGUUACUGGAAUUUUAGUUUGGAGAAUGUAAUUUAUCGAUACACUAUAGUACAAAGAUAUAAAAUAAUGUUGUGACACAUUUAACCUCCUAAGACCUGGAUGUCACAUAUGUGGAUACUUAUAUGUAUAUGUAAUACUUAAUUCUGUGUAACUGGAACCUAUUAUACACAAACAUGGACAAAUACACUGCUUCAUGUUCAUAGAAAAAUAUUUGGUUAUUAUAUUAGUUGGUUCCCAAAAAUAGCUGGUAGAAAUCUGAAAAAUAAAAGACAAACCAAAGCUCGGUCUUAGGAGGUUAAUUUAGGGUUCAUGUUAUCUGACCAAAGAUAGGAGAUUGUUGCAUAAAUUGGUUUGGGGCAGAAAAAAUAAUUUUGGUAUUGGAAACAUUUUUUAAGAUCUUUUCCUCUCAUCUCAUACAGUAUUUUGUCCACCACCAUGACCCUUUAGUCUCUGUGGUGGUUCUUCAGUCAAAUGUCCUUUAAUGUUUUUGGGAAUUAAUAUUAAGUAUAGUGUUUAGUGAAUUUAACCCUGCAGUAAACCCAGCAAUAUGUAACUCUGUUGAUGCUUUAACUGCUGUAAGGGAUGAGGGAUUAUUAUCUAACUUAAUGUCUGUUUUUGACUGACUGCCAGUGUUUAACUUUUUGAUAUGCCUGAAGGAUUUUGAGCAAUGAAAAAACCUUUCGUAUGUAUCAUGCAUUAAAAUAUAUGACCUUUGAUGCUUUUUAAUGAUUUAAAUAAAAUCUCCAUACAAUCUGA